AUGACAUCACUUGCUGUUUUGGGGAUCACUUCAUUUUUGGAUUUUGCAGGCCUAUCAAUGUUCAUCAAGAAAAUCUCUAUUUACUUAUUCAUUGGUGCCACGUUUUAUUUUUCACGUAUCAUCAAGAAAGAUAUCGAUAUCAAGCAUAAUUCUGAUUCUUCUGCACGUGAUAUGAUAUUUAAUGAAAUUCUUGCCAAUCGCAAUGCCAAAUUUAACGCUGAACUCAUCUCACGUGAUGAAAACUUCACAGUGGAGAUCCAAAGAAUCUUGACAAUACUUAAUACUUCUACUGUGAAACUUGAUGAGAUUGAACAAGUUCUUCAAAACUACCAUAAUAAUUUUGGCAGAGUUGCAACCGAAUUUGAAUCAAUUAAUACCUCUAUCGUAACUCUUCAAAGUAAAAUAAAUCAAUGUUAUACGAUGAUUCUAAGAACUGAAGAGAUUGAAUUCGAUCAACAAAGCGUGAUGAGUCAAGCUUCCAAUCAUUCUACAGGUCAAGCUUCAAAUUAUUCCACAGGUCAAGCUUCAAAUUAUUCCGCAAGUCAAGCUUCAAAUUAUUCUGCAGGUAUCAGUUUGACCAUCUGGAAUCAAUUUAAGCAAAUUUUUGAUCAGAUCAUGACCGAAAAUAAUUAUACUUUGGAGGAGAUGUGUCUUUCUGUAGCUAUGGAUAUUCGUUCAUUGGGAAAAAAUAUUAAGAAGGUGAUGGUACAAGGAUUUUAUGAGAGAAAUAUUAAAAAGAAGAAUGGUUAUAUUAGUACUUUAGAUCAAAUUGGUUUAUGGAUUGAUAGUAAAACAAAUAAUCUAGGUAGUAAGUAG